UCGGCACUAUGGAUGACCAAACAACUUCUGUUCGCCAACAACACCUUUUUAACGUUAACAAAUUGCACCGACACUUGUUAGGGAGACUGCACAGUGUUUCAGAAAACACAGUGCUUUCUGUACGGCAGUAUAGCUCUGGUCAGUCCAACCCAACAUUUUUACUUGAGACUCCAGAUAAGUAUUAUGUGCUCAGAAAGAAACCUCCGGGUCCUUUGCUGCCUGGUGCCCACAAGGUGGAUAGAGAGUAUGCUGUACAGAAGGCCCUGCAUUCUGCUGGGUUUCCUGUACCCAGGCCUGUGCUGUAUUGCUCAGACACUGACGUCAUUGGCACAGAGUUCUACAUCAUGGAGCAUGUGCCGGGGCGUAUAUUUCGAGACCCACGGCUCCCAGGCCUCUGCGCAGCCGAGCGAGGUGCCUUGUACGUGGCUGCCGUCGAGGUGCUGGCCAGGCUUCACUCUGCUGACCUCACUGAGCUUGGUCUUGUGGGAUAUGGGAAAGGAGCAGGUUACUCUAAGAGACAAGUAUCCACCUGGACAAAACAGUACAAAGCCUCGGCGCACAGGAGCAUUCCAGCUAUGGACGAGCUUUCUGAUUGGCUGAGCAGCAAUGUGCCGACCAGUGACGACAAGGUGGCCCUGGUUCAUGGCGACUUUCGAGUCGACAACUUGAUCUUCCAUCCGACUGAGGCUCGAGUGCUAGCUGUGCUGGAUUGGGAGCUGUCCACGACUGGUCAGCCUACCGCAGACCUGGCCUACUUCCUCAUGCCACACUACUGCCCCUCCCACAUUGGGGUCAUCAGCACUCUGGGUGGAGUUUCCGGAAUAGAGGGUAUUCCUCCUCCAGGGGAAUUGAUCUCCCUCUACUGCCACUGUCGUGGGAUUCCUCCAUCUCUUCCCAAGCAGAAUUUCUUCAUCGCCUUGGCCAUGUUUAAAAUGGCCUGCAUCGCACAGGGUAUCUAUGCAAGAUAUUUGCUGGGGAAUGCUAGUGCUCCUGAUGCAGCCAGGUUCGGAGAAAGCGUGGAGCCCCUAGCCUGUCUGGCUCUGAACAUCGCCCACAGUUCUUCAUUAGAGUUGCCUGUUUCUGAUAGGCUAUUUCUCCAGUCACCAAAAGGUCAUGCUGUACUCCAGCAGGUCAAGAGGUUCAUGAAACGUCACAUCCUGCCUGCUCAGCAGCAAAUCAUGGAGUAUUAUGCCAAACACACUGAUGGUACCCAGAGGUGGCAAACGCCUCCAGUGCUAGAGGAUCUGAAAGCCAAAGCUCGUGCUGCAGGCCUGUGGAAUCUGUUCCUGCCUGCAGUAAGUGGACUGUCACAGCUAGACUACUCUUACAUCGCAGAGGAAACUGGACGGUGCUCUUAUGCCCCUGAGGUCUUCAAUUGCCAGGCCCCAGACUCGGGCAACAUGGAGGUGUUGCAUCUUUUUGGAUCAGAAGAGCAGAAGAAACAGUGGCUGGAGCCAUUACUGCAAGCAGAGAUUCGCUCCUGCUUCUGCAUGACUGAGCCAGAUGUUGCUUCCAGCGAUGCCACGAACAUGGAGUGUACCCUUCACAAGGACAAAGAGCACUACGUCAUCGAUGGGAGGAAAUGGUGGAGCAGUGGUGCAGGUAACCCAAUGUGUAAGCUCGCCGUGGUGAUGUGCAGGAGCAAGUCAGCUGACUUGAACAGUACCAGACAUAGUCAGCACAGUAUGAUUUUGGUUCCCAUGGACACGCCUGGUGUAAGGAAGAUCCGACCGCUAACUGUGUUUGGACAAGACGAUGCCAGCCAUGGUGGCCAUUUUGAGAUCCAUUUUGACAAUGUGCGUGUUCCAACCUCCCACAUUCUUCUGGGGGAGGGCCGAGGCUUCGAGAUAGCGCAGGGGCGUCUGGGCCCAGGCAGACUGCACCACUGCAUGCGGGCCGUGGGCGUGGCAGAGAGGGCCCUGGAGCUCCUGUGCCAAAGGGCAGCCAGCCGCUGCGCCUUCAGGAAGAUGCUGUAUCAACACGAGGUUGUGUCUCAUUGGAUAGCAGAGUGUCGCCUCGCUAUUGAACAGACCCGCCUGCUGGCUCUCCACGCUGCUUACACACUCGACACUCAUGGUAACAAGGCGGCUAGGAAACAGAUUGCAAUGAUAAAGGUGGCAGCUGGUAGGAUGGCAUGUAAAGUGGUGGACUGCGCUAUCCAGGUUCAUGGGGGUGCUGGAGUGUCUGAGGACUUCCCCCUUGCCCAGAUGUAUGCGUACGUGCGGACACUGCGAUUAGCUGAUGGCCCCGACGAGGUUCACCUGUCCUCCAUCGCCCGACUGGAGCUCACGGAUCAGCUCAGACGAACGGCUGCUAAACUGUAAACAAACCCUCUCUGAGCUCUAAAUGUCAUUACUUAGUUAAAAUAAAUAUUACAUUUAAUUCAUCAGUUUUACAUAAACAGCAUAUAACUGAAGACACUAAAUCAGCCUCUAAUGGAGUACUGACUCCACCAAUAUAAAGAUUACCGUAGGCUAUUUAAUAUCAGGCAUCAGAUUUCGCAUCAUUCACUUUGUUAUAGCAGUGUGACAUGAAAUUUUGUAAUAAACUCAACUAAAUUCUUCCUGAAA